GCGAGAGAGAUUAUUUUCAACCUACACACUCCGGCCCGUUCAAAACGAACCCUUCUCGGUCUCAUCUUAAAAGUCAUGAAUUCGGAAUUUGAUGAUGUAUUGACCAACCAACCCGUCGUUAUCGACAACGGAUCUGGUGUCAUCAAGGCUGGUUUCGCUGGUGAAGAACAGCCCAAAUGCUUCUUCCCGUCGCUUGUCGGACGACCUAAGCAUGUGCGUAUCAUGGCUGGUGCAGUUGAGGGCGAUACAUUCAUCGGUCGUAAAGCACAGGAGCUGCGCGGUCUGCUCAAAAUCCGAUACCCGCUCGAACACGGCAUUGUGACAGACUGGGAAGACAUGGAGCGAAUCUGGCAAUACAUUUACACGGACGAACUCAAGACAUUAUCCGAAGAACAUCCUGUUCUAUUGACAGAAGCACCACUCAACCCACGCAUGAACCGCGACACGGCUGCCCAAAUCUUUUUUGAAACAUUUAACGUGCCAGCAUUGUUCACGUCAAUCCAAGCCGUACUGAGCUUGUAUUCGUCCGGCCGUACCACAGGUAUCGUCCUGGACUCGGGCGAUGGCGUGACGCACUCGGUCCCUGUCUACGAAGGUUUUGCUAUCCCACAUGCAAUUCGACGUAUCGACAUUGCCGGUCGCGACGUGACCGAAUACUUGCAACUGUUGCUCCGAAAAUCGGGCUACAAUUUCCACACGACGGCUGAAAAGGAGGUGGUGCGGAUCAUCAAAGAAAAGACGUGCUACAUUGCUCAGAACCCGGUCAAGGAAGAAAAGGAAAUGAGUGGCAAAAUGGACGAUUUUGUAUUGCCAGAUGGAAACAUUAUCAAGUUGGGAGCCGAGCGGUUCCGUGCACCCGAGAUUUUGUUCCAGCCUGAGCUGAUUGGAGAAGAAUACCCGGGCAUCCAUCAAGUCAUUGUAGAUUGUAUUAACAGAGCCGACCUGGAUCUGCGCAAGUCGUUAUAUUCCAAUGUUGUUCUUUCCGGUGGUUCGACAUUGUGCAAAGGUUUUGGUGAGCGGUUAUUGACCGAGAUUAAGCGGUUGGCAUUGAAGGAUAUCAAGAUCAAGAUCUAUGCACCGCCAGAGCGCAAGUACAGCACUUGGAUCGGUGGCUCCAUUCUGGCAUCGCUUAGCACUUUCAAAAAGAUGUGGGUCUCGGCGGAAGAGUAUCAGGAAGAUCCUGAUAUCAUUCACAAAAAGACAUUCUAGAAAUUUUCACUCUCUUCCAAUCCAUACCCUUUUAACCCUCAUCACACAUCCAAUGCCCUUUCUUACCCCUUUCCCGUAGGCUUAUUAUAUGCCGCGUGCAUCUAUUUUGAAUGUGCACUUAGUGUUUUCUCCUUCUUUCUAUACCACCUUUGAAAGAAAGAAAGAGUAAAAAAGAGAGAGGGUAACUGUGCUAACUCUAAAUAACUGUAUUCUUCUUAUUCUUGCCACCGUUCUCUCCUGUUACUUUUCUUUCCUUUCGAGCCAUCUCUAUGUUUUCUUUUCCACAUGCUAUUGCCUAUAUUAUAAAGUUUUGU